UGGGGAGUGGAGCUUGGCUGCUAAAACCGUCUGGCCUGGGGAUUCGGGGAGGAAAAGGAGCAGCAUGGGAAAUAUUCUUGGUUUGGGAGCGUCUGGAGGGUGGACGUGGGACCAGAUUACGUUGAAUGAUUGAGGUAACAGUUGUGAAGGGAUCUUCAAGAGAUCAUGGGUCAACCAGGGAUGUUUCCAGCCCCUUGAACAGUUCUGAGGCCCAGUUCCCUCCUUGCAGAGCCCUGAAAAGAUGAGCUUUGGGGCAAUGGACCUGGGCCUAAACAGGAUGAAACUGGGCAGCCCACAGAGCCUCCAGUCCCUAGAGGAGGAGCAGCAGCCAGAGUCUGAGGCCUGGAGGACAUACACAGAUCGGAGGAACAUUCUCCGAGAGUUCCUGACCUCGGACCUGAGCCCCCACCUCCUGAAACGCCACCAUGCCCGCAUGGAGCUGCUAAAGAAGUGCUCCUACUACAUCGAGAUCCUCCCAAAGCACUUGGCCCUAGGUGACCAGAACCCCCUGAUGCUGCCCAGCACCAUGUUCCAGCUUAUUGACCCCUGGAAAUUCCAGCGCAUGAAAAAAGUGGGUACAGCCCAGACCAAGAUCCAGCUGCUUCUACUCAGUGACCUACUGGAACAGCUGGACAGAGGGCGGGCCAAACUGGUGGCCCUCUUGGAGUCACAUGACACGCUCCCCUUCCUGUCUUGCUGGGACACAGUGGAGCAGCGGCUGGCAGACUUGUCAGCAGUGAUGGACAACUUCCUAGCCAUGAUGGUGCCAGGCCGUCUGCACAUCAAGCAUCGUCUGGUGUCAGACAUUGGUGCCACCAAGAUCCCUCACAUACGGCUGAUGCUGAGCACCAAGAUGCCAGUGAUGUUUGAUCGAAAGGAAUCAGUGGCACACCAUGAUUGGGCAAGCCUUCGCUGGUUUGUGACAAUCCAGCCAGCUGUGCCCGAGCAAUUUGAGCUCCGCUUCAAGCUGCUGGAGCCCCGAAGUCAGCAGGAGCGGGUGCAAUGUGGUGUCAUCCCAGUGGCCACCUGUACAUUUGACAUCCGAAACCUGCUGCCCAGCCGCACCUACAAGUUCACAGUCAAGAGGGCUGAGAGCUACACACUUGUGUAUGAGCCGUGGAGGGACAGCCUCACCUUGAAAACCAAGCCAUCACCCCCAGAGGGGGCUCACACCCCAGAGAGCAGAGCCAGUCUGGCCUGCCCCUGACCACAGAGCCUGAGAGACAAUUUUCUAAUAUUUAUCCGUUAAUAAAAAGGAGUUUAAAAAAGGGCAAAAUUAAAAAAAAAAACAACUUAUUUUUAAAGGUAA